CUGCGGUCGACUGUCAUGAGGUGAUUGCCUUCUUGCCUUCUUCUGUUGUUUACGUCUGUCUUGAGGCCUAAAAUUGCAUAGCUUUGGACACGAUUUCUUUCUUGGCGACUUGUGCAAGCAUUUUUCCUCACUUUGGUGUAUCAGAACGGUUCAAAAAGGCAAAAACCAUAAUCAGGGGACUUUAAAGCAUGACUACGUAAAGUUGAUUUGUCUUGGCAAACUCGUCAGUUUCUCAGUAGGCUGCAGCAUUGGCAAAUACGCCGUAUAAAUUCAGACUAACCCAAGACCAAUUGGUUAUAAUAGGAAUGAAUAAUGAACAUUGCCCAACUACUAACAUCAAGUACAGAUAACAUAGAAGACAAUGAGUUCUCAUAUUCUCGAGUGCAUCAUUUGUUGACUUCCAAGGCAAGGCCACCGCAGUCUGUAAACAAUAGCGGAAACAAUUCUCACAGCUUCACUAAUUCAAAGUUUGUGGUGAGUAUCUUUCUUUUUGCAGCCCUAGCCGAGGAAAGUAAAUUUGAAUUUGUUCAGGUGCUGAAGCUUUUUAAAUUUUAUUCACAAAAUUAGACCUACAAAACUCUGCUGACGUAGAUAACAUUAUAGUCUUCUUAUCUCGCAGAUAAAAAAAAUUAACCGUUUUGCAUUGCAACAAUGAAGUGGGUACUGAUCUUUUCUCUGAUUUACUUUUGCAGGACCCAUUUUGUCCUUCAUAUAGUAACAUGGGUAUCGAAAUCAGGAAUUUGCAGAAGGCUCUCAAUUUUCCUUCAGAUACUCUGUCUAAAACCAGCACUCUGACUACAAAUCUCUGGAGUAACCAAAAUAGAACUUGUCAGGUGUUCUUAACAGAUAGUGGGUACUCAUCAAAGGCUGAUGGUCAAGGCAAUGAAGAUCUAACACAAAGUGUUUUAUCCUCUAGUGAUAAAAUUAGUGGAGCUCAAGGUCCAGCUACUUUCUGUUUGGAAAACUUUUGUGACUCAAAAAUUAACUCAAAUACUGACCACUUUGACUGUAGGGGGCAUCACCUGAAUUCCACCAACUUGUUUGAAAAAAGCUUGAACACAAAGACUCACCGGUUUGACUCUAGGGGACAUCACCUGAAUUCCAACAACUUGUUUGAAAAAAGCUUGAAGAGUUCACUGGAUGAUAGUGAGACAAAGAGAAUUUUGUUAUUGGAAAAGCUCAGGGAAGCUCACCUUACAAUUCAGGUAAAUGCCAUCUCAAUCAUUACUAUAUGUAUUGCAAAGGAAAGUUACUGGGAAGCUGAGGAUUUUUCUAGGUAGUUGCUGUGUAUACCAUUUUAAUGAAUAAAUGUGUAUAAUGUGCAUGCCAAACCAUAAGUAUGGUUCUUGCCCAUUUUUGUCUCCCUUGUUAGUAGUUUAAAUGUACUCGUAAUGAGUAGUUUUCUAUGAGCCCAGGAUAUUUGCUUAUUUAAACUGAAACACUGCAAUAUCCCCUCAUUUAAAAGCAAAAAAAAGAGUGAUCACCCAAUGAUGUUUGACGAGUAACUAUCAUUUCAGCCUGUUGUCUCAGGCAGUUUUAUCUUGAAAAAGUAAGAGGUUUUUUCAAGGCUUUCAGCUUAUUACUAUUAACACAAUAGCGUUAUUACACAGAAAUCUUAGAAUAUCACUUUUACCAGUAAUUUCAUUUUCACACAGUCAUGUAAACUUAGAUUCACACACCCUAUUCAAGGCUGAGAUGUGUUAAAAAUUUUUUAAUGCAGAGCUUCUUAAACAUUUUAACUACAUUACUUUGUACAACUGUAGGUCAAUUUUUAUUGAUGUAAAGUCAAUAACUUUGUUCUCAUUAAUAGACCCAAGCAGAAAAACUGGCAGGAACAGAAAGUGAGAUCUGCCUUUUACGUGGUCAGCUUAAAAGCAUAGCAAUUCAACAGGAGGUGUGACUUCAUGUUACUCUGUAACAUUCAACUAGUAUGGUUUUUUAUUCUCAAAUGCAUUUCAAUUAUUCUGUUGCUCUUACAGUCCCUUUGUGGUUUUCCCAACCAGUAAGGCCAGGUAUUAUAUAUCAUGUGGAUUUCUCACAGGUAGUCGCAAAUCUCUGUGAGUUGUGAAUGGUGGGUAUGGUGUACUUCCUGGAAAAAUGGCUGCCCCAGAAUAACCAACUCCCUUAAUUAAGGUUGUAUUUGGAACAGCAAAGUUAAUAAGUGCAACCCAAAAAUCAGUAGGUCUUGCAACCCUAUUAUUGCGCUUAUUUGGAAAAUUCUUUCACAAGCUGCAAUCCCUUAUACAUUAGGUACCUUGAGGAAACCAGAUAUAAAUUCUUUCAAAUGUGCAGAUUAAGACAGAGAAGAGGAGUAUAGCCCCUCCUGCUAGACUUAGGUUGACAAUGGGUCAGUAUCUCUACAUUAUGUCGUAACAGACAAGAGUCCUUUUCUCUGUUAACUUUCCCAGGGACUGCAGGAAGAGAUAGAUUGUUUAACCAUGGAAAAGAAGACCCUUGAGUUUUUCAAAUCAGAGAGCUUAAAAAAUCAUGAGGCAUUUCUGAUAAGGUUUGUACUACUCAUAACCAAAUAGUGUUUACAAAAAAUACAUGUAGUCCAUGUUUCAAGUGUGCAAAGCUGUUUAAAUUAAAAGAAAUUGCAAGUGAAGUCUUGAGAAAGUUGCUUAUUUUGGUUGCUUCAUUAAAUAUACAGUCACUAACAUUGAAAAUGGAAAAUACUUUCAAUCCUCUCCUGUGAUUUUUGUUGGAAAAGUAUGGACAUCUUUUGCCAAGUUAGCUCAUGAUGAGAAGGAUUUGCUGGAAGUAAUUCUGAUAUUGACAAACAUUUUGUCUUAUUCUUUCAUACCACCCCAGAGUGAAUGAUUUAGAGAGGGAAUUGAAUGUUUUGACUGCAACUCACAAAACCUUGCAAGAUGAGGCUAAAAAGAAAGGAACUGGUUUACAGAAAGCAAAUAGUUAUGCUACCUUAAAGGAAGAAAAUGACAAACUCCAAAAGGUGCACCCAUCCUCUCUGUCUUUCUCUUUUGUUAGUGUAUGUCUAUCUCUCUGUCUGUGUCUGUCAAUUGAUAUUUAGUAAUUAAUAUUAACAUUUUUAACAUCUAGUAGUUAUAUGUAAAAGUUUUUGCUGUGAAGGGCUGUCAAAUGAGUAAUAAUUAUUCUUACAAUCUGAUUGGUGGCUGAGGGAAGGUAGUUUGAGUGGAAUUGAAGGUACAGCCAUAAAACUUGGCAGGAGAGUCUAGUUGACUUAGGCAACAAUAUUUGCGCUGGAUCAAAGCGAAGGAAAAUACAUUCUCAAUCAAAGUCAAUUUUCAAUUGGAUUUGCUUAGAAUAAAACUUCUCUAUCAAAACUGGGAAAAUUCUUUUACAACAUUAAAACAUUCAGCCAUUCAAAACCUAUACUUACAUCAUUAUGGAAAACUUAUGAUUGAUCAUUUCAAGGUCAUUCAAACCAAGUCUCAGCUUCAUUGCAAUUGAACGAUUAUUGACGGUUAAUGUGUAGUAAUAGCAGCUGUAACUGAGCUUUGUUACUAAUGGUAUAUAUAUAAAAAAACUUUCUGUGGGACAUUAUAUGUGAGUAGAACCACGUGAUACUGUGAUGUAUAGUCUUUUAAACAUGAAUUAAUUAAUACAUGUAUGCUGUAUCUUUGAGAUAGAUACAGUGUAAUCUCAUUUAUAAAUGUAAAUUUAAAGUGUACUCAACAUAGUAGUCAUAGGUAUAAUUAUGUAAUAUUUUUUACAUAAGUUAAGUGUAAGAAUUAUAUGAUUUAAUUUUUGUAGGAUUAUAAAAAACUUUUACAAGAACAUGCAUCCAUUAAACUUCAAUUGUCAGAAAGAAUUAAAAAUGCCAGAGAGGCAAAGAACAAACAGCAUCAACUCAAACAGGAAAUUAUACAGCUGAGAAUGGUAAAUAUAUUUGGUGGUUUUUUCUUUUUGGUUAGUUUUACUGCAUUGUUGACUAGGUCAGGGUAGUCUAAUAAGACCUGCUAGUCAUAGAGCAAAACUUUUUAUAAUAAUAAAUUAAGUUACACUCAAAAGUGUGAUGAUGUGUGUUCCUGGAUAUGCAGACAUAUGCUUGCUCAAGUUUUCUUUAAUGGCUGGCAUCGUGAGGUGUCAACAGCUAAAUUUAACACCUCUUCACCCUGCAGACAAUGCUCCACUCCCAUCAGUGUUGAGUUUUUUUCAGUAUAUUUUCAUACCAGGAUAAUAAAUGUGCCCAUGAACAUAUUAUAAUUUGUUUGAAGCUACUAUGUUAUAAAGUUUUUAAGAUCAAUUAAUAUGUUACAACUUUUUACCCUUACAUGGCCAAAUGGCAGAAAUGGUGUCACUAAGAAUUUGUGUUUUAGAAUUUUAGAAUUCCAGCCCAACGCAUGUUGGGCUGGAAUUCUAAAAUUCUUAAGGCUUUGGAUCACUCAUUUCAGUCUCUAGCCCUGAUAUACAAAAUAGUUUGUUAAUUUGUUUAAAUGUUGUACUACUAAAAUGCUUUUAUGUGUAUGCUAUUUGAAGGAAAGAGACUUACAAUGUGGAAAAGUGAGUAUUCUUGAGGAGGAGAUCCUAAAUCAGCAGCAAAACCAUAACAACAUGAUUAAGGAACAGGAAAGACUGAUGAAAGAUAAAGCAGAGCAGGACCAGAAAAUUCAAAGGGAAAUUCAUGAUAGACUUUGCUUGAAAAUGGUAAAGGGUAACUGUUAAGUGUAAAUUAUCACAUGAUUUUGAGUGCAAUAGUCCAUUUUACAGUUGUGUGCUUGGUUGCCAAGCCUUUGAACAGGAGUGAGGCUAAGGGUGACCUUGUUAUGUUACAAACCUUGCUGCUUUUGAAAUGCAAAUUAAUUUGUUAUCAUGCUAACUAGAUUCUGGUCUCUAACACAACAAGGUCACCUUCAGCCUCACUCCAAAUCAAAGGCUUGGCAACUAAGUACACAACUGUAAAAUGGCCUAUUUGGUAUAAAUCAGCACAAGUAAAUUUUUCAAAGGCAAAAGGGAAAAACAAGGUUCAGUAGCUUUUAGUUUGCUCCAAGAUAACAAGGUUAGUAACAUAUUUAUUACAUUCUUGGGGUCAAAUAGAUGGGAAAGAUUUCAGUUCAAAACAAUUUUUGAAUUCAGCAGGCCAGACACAGGGAAAUGGGACCUGCCAAAUUUACUAAUCAUUAUUUACAAACUAAUUUAGAGAUGUAUGUAACACCAGGUUCAUGAAGACUUUUGAAGAGCCAAAGGUCACUUGUCAACAACUUGUCGUGCUGAACUCUGUGUGUGGGAAAUGCUUACUGAUCAAAUAAGACCAGAGAUAACAGAAAAUCAGCUGUGAUUAAUGAUGAUUUAUUGACCAUAAUUGAAAGUAAACUGAAAUAUAUUGCAGUGAAUCAACUUAUUACCAAAUGACAACUGAUUACAAGAUAAUGCAAAUCACGAAUCAAUAAUGGAGAACAUUCCGAUCAUAAUUGCAGUAUAACAAAUGUUUCUAGCUGAUCUUUAAAGACAUAGGGAAUCAAUAAUAGUGAGAGAAUAUGUUACUUUACUUCUCAUUGUUCUAAAGCAAUAUCAAUAAUAUAAAUGAACACAGUUAUAAAAUCCUUGAGGCCAUAAAAUUGCUGGAGAUAACAGGCUAUAGAAAAACUAAAUGGGUCCUUUGAAAAACUGGGCGCUUCCACUUGGAGCUACCUACUUGACUUGUUUGGGUACCUUUGAUUUAGUUGGUUGAAAAGUGACUUUAGGGAAUAAAGGCUAUUAGUUCAAACUUUCAGUACUUCAGAAUUAGGGGUAGAAACAGUCUAUACUUGCACUCUUAAUAGCCAAGGGUGACUUAAACUUAAUUCUACCAAAAACAGGUAUGGUAGCUCUACUAAAGCUAAAAACUAGAACUACUGAAAGAAGGCUGGUAACAACAUCUAUGUAUAUGUAUACGUGUUAAAGCUUAUGACAUAAUUGCUAACUAAAGUAAACAAAAUUGACAAAUUUGUGAAGAGAAUUAAGAAUAAUCAUGAAAUGUGGAAGCCUCGAUUUAAUGUUUAUUACAAUAUGUUACAAAGUUAUUUAUUUGUUUGGUUAUUUAUUUAUAUUUUCACAACAUGCACUUCCAAAUAUACUUGUUUGGAGGCUUAUAAUGGCCUAUUCAUUUUGGGUUUUAGGUCAAUGAUCUUCUUAAAGAGGAAUCAUCAAUUGUGAAAGAUGCGUUUCAGAAACUUGAAGGGUUUGUUAACUCUUUGGAGCAGAGUUCAAAAAGCAUGAGUUUAGAACUGGAGCAAUGCAGACAGGAGAACCUGAAAAAUAAUACAGAAGAGGUAAUGUGGAAGAAGGCAUUAAAAUUUACCAGUUUUUGAAAUAAGAUGUUGAUGUGCAAUGUUAGUGGUGUUGAUAAUUUCACCUCAGUUGGGUAUAGUGUAAACAGGUAAUGGUGUUCCUGAAGUAAGACUAUUUUGUGCCCUUGAACCUUGAAAAAUUUGUUAUAAAAUUUUGUUUUUCAUACCAAUCCCAAAUAGUAAAGAGGAUACUGUAAAGCUAUUUAUUGCUAAGUCUGUAAAUCAAUAAUUGUCAGGAUAAUUACUUUUCAUAUUCAACCAUAUACUCUGUUAAGGGAGGUUUUCAAGCAAGAUCAGUUUAAAUGUUGGAAAUCUUUGUUGAAAACUAACUUUUGCCAGAUUGGAAUGUGUGUUAAAUUCCUAGUGUAAUCUAUAAUUUCAUCCUAAAUUUCUGCUUUAUUUAAAACAAGGUUUACAAAUGUUGUACAUGAAUUGCAUGUUCAGUAAUAGAUCACAGGUGAAGGCAAAAUGCGGGGAGAACAAAAAAGGAGCACACAAGGGCUAACCUAGUAUAUACGACACUGAAUGAUGUUCUUACUAUAUUAUCAUAGGUCUUGGUAUAUUAUCAUAGGUCUCGGUCUUGAAAUGCUGCCCUCGGCCUAUGGCCUUGGGCAGUAUUUUCAAGACCUCAGUCACAGUUUUUCACCAUACGGACCUCCCAGCCGGCAAAUAACAUAUAUAUAUAUCAUAUUGUACAGUACCAUGUUAUAUACAUGUAUGGUAUUGUAUGAUCACUAACAGCAGUGAUUUUGGUUUUUUAUUCUGUUCUGUUUUGUCAAACAAGAUAAAUGAGAAACAGCUUAAUGAGGAAUUUUUGCUAAAGAUUGCAAGUGCCAAGAGUCAUUGGGAAGAAUUAGAAAAGUAUGUUUUUCUUCUGCUUUAUGCAACAUUGAUGACCUGAUUACACUUGAAACACCCAUAUAUGCAAAUUUUAUUUAGAGGAGAGGAUCUACUCUAUCUAUAAGAUUGAUUGUGAUGACUGAAAACUUUGAGCUGAAAGAUUACCUUACUACUCUUCACUUCUACCUUUCUCCAUUGAAUUUCCUGGAAAGAAUUACUGAUCUCUGAUACAAUUUCUUAAACAUUUCUGUGCCAAAACAAGGGCUGUGGAAAGCUAUGCGUGCCAGCAAGUUAAGUUGUAGGAAAGGGAAAAGCAAAGAUCCUGCCUUUGUCAAGAAAAUCUUUUCACUUGCAGCCAAAUUUCAUCUCUGAAGGAAAGAAAUAUUAUGCUGAAGAAGGAAAAGGAAGAAAAAGAGAGGCAGCUGCAAUUAAUGAAAAUGUGCCAAGAGACUAUUACAAAACAGGUGUGAGAAUUCAAGAAUUGUGCUCUAAAAUAGAUUCAGUAACCAAUAUUAUAGUAAUAUGGCAAGUUAUUCCUGAGGUCAAUCUAAGUUUUCUGAUGCCCUCAGUUGUUUUUGUACAGACCUCUCAGCAAGGUCCAUUAACUAAAACGAUCACAGGCUAAUGUUCCUUAGUGCAGUCCUCAUGCUCAGUUAGUAUGGAGUUCUUAUAUUCUAUGAGAAUUGCUAUCAAUAUGAAAAAUAUUUUUCAAGCAAGCUUUCAGGACCAUAUCCGCUUUAUAAAUAUUUUAACCAAGAUAUUGACUAAACUAUACAUUGUUGUCUUGCCCUCCCUUUCUUCUGGGCCAUACCCCACAGCACAAAUGCUAAAAUUUGUGAGCCUUUCCCCCUCUAAAAUGACCCACCCCUCCUUUGAUAGUUUGGAAAUAUAUUUUGUGCACCAGCUAUGUCAUGUUCGUAAUACAUGUAAAAAAUAACAUGCUUUUGACUGGCUGAAAACAAGUGCAUUUUCCAUGUAACACAGAUGCAAAGUUGUAACACAAGUGCAAAUUACAAAUAGUGCUUGUGCUGUCAAAAUUUUGUCUGUCUUGACUUUCUGUGAUGCUUUUUUCAUGUAAAUUGUUCAUAAGCAAUACCAUGAUUUCUCUUGUAAAAAUUGCAGUUGCCCUAUUGGCUCAUGCAGUUUUGUUGUCUUUGAAAAAUGUACUUGUGCAUACACCAAAUGGCACAUGAUAUCAUUUUAUUACCUAAUUACCCAAAUAGUACAUAAAAAAUACACAUAACCUAAAUUGUUAAUGGUACUCCUUUCAUACUAGUCAGUCCUUCUUUGUAAAAAAAUUAUCCCCUUAUUAUACAUGGUGGGAACAGAUCACUCUUUAGGGUCUCCUAAUAGAGAGAGACAGUGUUGGUUAAGAUAUGCUUAAAAGUUUAUGAUGACUAAAUAUUUCUACUUCUUUCCUUUUUUCAUUUUGUAGCAAGCAUCUAAGUUUAAAGAGCUAAAAGAAGAAAAUGAAAAACUUCAAUGCAGUGUCUGUGUGGUCAGGUAUUCCUUGUAUUUUUUCUCUUUUUCUGUGUUUUUCUGUAUGAAUUUUCUGAAAAUGUGUAAAGCAUAGUUCAUUAAAUACAAACUUCUUGCUUGUUUAGAAAAUAAUGGGUGAUUUAUCAAACUAAUAAUAGGAAAAAUUUUGUUCAUGUCUAAGGCAGUUAGGUCUUUUUAAAAAAUUAAAUCAUAUAUGAUUUUCUUAUAUUCACAGUCAGAAUUGAUUGAGUUAUUAUGAAUGACAAAUGACUCUUAGAAAAAAAUGCAAAUAGUCCAAAACCUAUUGUUAAAACAUUCUUAAUCCUAUUGUUCAGAAAUUGCACAAUGGAUGGCUCUGCCCUGUUUCAGCAGGGUUAUAUUGUGUAUGUAACUGUAUUAGUUAUUAUAAUGGAUUGAAAUUGCUAACUUUUGCUUUGAAAUAGGAAAGCAAAUGAUGAACUUCAAAAGCAACUGGAAUAUUGGAAAAAUGAUUUUGAUGUGUUGAAGGUAUCUUUUCGUUAGUUUGAAUUGAUAUAUACAGAGUGGGAUGAAUUAAGCUGAGUGUUUGAAAAUAAAUUGAAAUAAAACAAGCGAUGAAAGCCUUGAUGUACAAGUAACAAAAGCUGUUCUAAAGUUGCUGUAUGCCUUCCAAUUAAGGUGACCCCCUGGAAAAAAUUUCAGGAACACUAUUUAGUUAAAGGGUUUUCUUUUAGUUUAGCUAAUAAUAAUAUUGACCAUAAUUGUUUAUCACCUUCUUGUAAACUUGACAAAACUGAUUUUCCUUCCUUCAGAAUUCACCCAAAGAGUCAGUUUCAACAAGUGAAAGGUGGGAUAUACACCUCAUUGUUAACUAAUUAAUUUUUUUUUGAAAGAACUUGUAAAUUUGCCAUAUCAGCAUGUAAGAAUAAUAAACCAGUUUCCAUUUCCAGUCGUCUUUUGGUGUUUCUAUCACUUGAAUCUGAGCUUAUGGGAUUCCUAGGUCCGAAAAGCAAUGGUGCCUUAAUAUGCCAUUUCUGUACAAAAUGUAUGGUAAGGUUCAGCACAAGGAGACUGACUUUUUUGGUGUUUCCUUUUAGCUUUACAUAAGUGUCUUUAAAUGUUGUGCUGGAAGAUCUCAGUCUACAUAAUUUAAAAAUUCCAACAUAUUGAAUUAUUUCUCUCCCGUUUGCAGUGACAAAAAUUGUUGUAUUCCCUUCUUGGAAGAGGAGGUGGACAAAAUCAAAGAAAACAUAACAAGGUGAUUUUUCUCCUUAUCUUUAACCAACUUGUCUGACUUUUGAUAGCUUAUUGUGGCUAUGAUCAAUCAAACAACAGUUUAGAGAAUGUCUGUUAAGGAACAUCAUUAGCAUGGAUGAACAAAAGAUGUCCCUGAAAAUAAUGGUCAGCACACAAUUGAGACUAUUCCCAUCUAAACAUUUGCUUCAUAUACUCCUUGACAAUUGAGAGAUUGACUCAUCAGCAAUAAUUGUAAAUUAGCCAAUUGGAUCACCAACUGAAUGGCUUGAAUUACAGUUUGAUUUCAACUCAUCUGUAAGGGUAAUUUUUCCUUGAAUCUCAUCCCUUGGUCAGCAUAUGAUUAAUUCUAUUUAGUUGGUAUCACAUUCCUAAAAUGGAAUGAAGAACCUACUAAAAUGUGUCUAGCUCCCAACACAGGGCUUCGUAGUUCAGUUGGUAAUGAUACCCAACUUUAUGUGGGAGGCACAGCUUUGAAUCCUAAGGAAGCCUAAAUUUUUUUCCGACUUGUUUUUUACUAAAAAUUGCAGUUUAUCUGUGAGGAUUAUUUCUUCACUUCAUUGAGGUUUUGAUUAAGCCAUAUUAUGUUUGGUCAGUUAGUGGGAUUACUUUUCUCUCUAUACAUUUUGCAGGAGAAAAAAAACAUGAUUCUACUUAACACUAAAUAUACACUAGGUAACUUGACAUAGUUGCUUGUUUAUACUACCCCUCAUUUCAUUGGUUCAUGAUUCAAUCAUGGUACAAUUACCUGGCAGAAUCAUCUGUAUAAUCACUUGGGUUGCACUUGAACUGUGCUUAUUGGCAUUAUGUCUUUGUUACUUACUUAAGAUUCACUCUUCUCCCAAAGGCUAGAAUCUGAAAAAACUGAGCUGAUAAAGGAGAUUCACAAGUUGCAAGAAGAGCAACAAGCAUGGUCAAUUCAAAGGAGUGAACUUAGAAUGACACUGGCCGAACUUAGUGCAGAAAAUAGCCAACUCAGAGAUCAAUUGAAAAAAAGGGUACUGUUAAUGUCUAAUUUUUUAGAUUCAUAACUCUGUCAGCUUCUCAUCCAGUGAGAUUCUCAAGUCUACUAAAGUGAUCCUGUGAAAUAUAUAUUCUUGUAGCCUGCUGUGAAUGGGAUAUUCAAUGUCAGAAGAGAUCUUGAACUUGAAAAGGAGGAGGCAGUAAACAAGGCCAAAGAGGAAAUGAAAGUAGGCACAUCUCCUUGACAAAUCUAUUACCAAUCAGAAGUAAUGCUUCACAACACACAUAUACUGAUCACUUGUAAUAUUCAUUUUUAAUGGUUGUGUAGUAUGCAAUUUUGACAAAGUAACGUGCUUGAAAUUGUGUUUUAUUACAUUAUUAUAUCAAACAGUGAACAGUCUUUAAUAUCUGUUUACUUUGUCAUCCAAUCAGAAAACUUAAUUGUGAUGAGCCCAUUUUAUGUUAUGAUAUACAAUUCCAAAAGGUGUCUUUUGAUGAAGUUUGUCUUGAAUUGAAGACUGUGAAGUCAGAACUCAGUAAAGUGCGGGAAAUGCUUGAAAUUAAGGUAAUUUUUUUUACAUGUACUUACAGAGUUUUUUUGCAUUCCUUUUUCCUCGUUGUAAAAGUUUGCUACCACAAAGAGCAACCCGGUUAUUCAUUUUAUUGCUUUAAAUGUGGUAUCCAUACUACUCUGUAUGAGACAGAAUUUGAUCUCUCCAGAUAUUUUAAUAGAGACCUGGUGUAAAACUUAGUGCCGUGACUUUUUGUCUCACCUAGGAUAAGCAGUUUGGGGAACAGUCACAGGAGUUGGAAUAUGAACAUCAACAGGUACUUUAGUGAAGUCACACGAUCGUAGCUCUAUCUAACAGAUAUGUAAACCAAGAAGACGCUCUCGCGAGUGUGAAACGAAAACAGUGGAAGGGGGUAGGGGAGUAGAUUUGAGGUUAUCCUAAGAAGGGCAGGUGACAGAGCCUCCAAAAAAUUUAGUAAGAGGAGUCAGUUGAAAUGAAAGUAAAGAUACAGUUUUAAUCCUAUAAAAUUACAUACAAAGCGUAACCAAAUAGCGGUCGCCUCCAAUAGGGUGACGUUGGAGAUACCCGUUUGGACAGUCUGACCGGUGUUUCCUUGUGGAGCCUUUGUUUAUUCGUUGGUUUAUUUCCCUGUAUUGUAUGAAUCAAUUUGACGUAAUUAACGAUUUUAUGGGUUUUCAAAGAUACUUAAAAUCAUAGGAUGUAAAUGGGUUUGACAGUUAAGUCAACUAGGUAACUGCUUGUAGACGGUUGCAUAGUGUCGGAUUUAUUCAGUACCAAGAGAUGAUCAAGCCCGGUUCUCUCAUUAACACUACAUCACUAGAUCUUUUGUUUCUUUUAAUGCAAAAUAGCACUGUUUCUCUAUCAAUCAUCUAUUCUAAUCUUUUAUAGGAGGAAAACUUUUAUCAAAUUUUUAUUAGGCUAAUAAGCCAAGAAAUUUUCGUCGGUAGGAUCGGAUUUGUUACCCCAAAUUACUUCUUUUGUGAUAAGUAUUCAAUUUGUGCCAUUUUUUUCUUUUGUUCUUUUACUUGUUGUUGAAAGGUUUUGACCCAAGAGAAUAACGGUAUGAAUGACGCGCUGAUAAAGAAAGUAACCGACUUUAUUACUAAAGGUGAAAUACUAUAAACAUAAAUUAAAUUGAAGACGUAAACACUAAUUUGAUAUAUAACUUUCACUUUCGGUUUGAUUUGCUUAAACUGUUAUCAAGAAGUCUGAGCUGUAAAACACACUGGAAAGAAUUUGUUCAAAUAGUUGGGCUGGCUUUUAAACUAAUACUUUGUAACCAAUAAACGCUUUCCUUGCUACCAUCGAUGACAAUUAAACGCAAACUAUCAACAGACGCAAAGCUUCAACUGAUGCAACUAAGACUGUGGUGAAUUUUAAAGUCGUAGUAUAUCAUUCAAAAGCCUAACUUCAAGCAAUAUUUGAAUUUUGAGUUAAAUCUUCUCAUUUUAAAAUGGGCAAUUCGAUUAAGGCCUCGAGCUACUGUGUUUCUCUUUUAUUCCAAGCUUUCACCGAUCGACGGCAUCGUCAGGGAAUGUAACGAAAAUAUCCACUAUGCGUGGCAUAAAAGCGAUGUAGGGGAUAUGACUGGUUACUAUACAUCAAUGUAUAUUCUGGUCAUUCGUAUCACCUACAUCGCUUUUAUGUCGCGCAUACUGGAAUAUUUUCGUUACAUUCCCUGACAAUGCCGUAGAUCGGCGGAACCUUAAAAUAAAAAAGAGCUACAGCAGCUUAAUGCUUCAAUCUAAUCGUUCAUUUGAUUAACGUGCUACAUAAGGAAAACUUUAAACGUUUUCUAGUUUAUGUUAUGCGACGGUCUUAAAUUAAGGCGACGACAAAAGGGUUUACAGUCGAACCUGUAUUAACAGAUCACUGACGGGGAAUGGCGGGAUUUUAUUAGUGGUAUUAUAAUAAACGAUAGGGGUAUUAUAAUAAACGAUAAACAACGCCACUUUAUGCCAUAAUUUACCACUUAAUCCGACUUACUUUGAUUUUGGAAAAGAAACAUUGAUUAAAAAUUACUUGAAAGAUAAUUAGUAGUUUUAUUUGAGUGGUCUUGCUUUCAGCGACCGUUCAAUACAGGUGGAGGACAAUAAAAACAGGCCGUUGGGACUUAGUAAUGAGUGAAAAUUACAAUGAUAAGGGGAAAGAAAUUCAGAACUUUGACAACUGACUGCUUACUUCAGGGUGACUGCUUAAUACGGUGCCGUUUAAUACAGGUUCGAAUGCCAAAUAUUGCUUAAACUAUUGAACGAGAGCAGUUUAAAUUGGAUGCAACCCAGGGCACGUUCUUUGAGCAUUACACAUUACAUUAACCUGUAAGUUUCUGUUUUUGUUUGUAUUGUCAAGAUACCCGGUCUUUACCACUGGCCAAUACAGUAAACAGCGGACUGGUCAAUUCCGUUUCCUUUUUGACCAAGCUGAUACACGCACGAGUUAAGCAGGAGUCUGGCAAAUUGGGAACGGAAAAUAUUGCUGCCCAUGCUAUCAAAACAAUUAUUAGACACACCCUUUUUGUUUCCUGGUGACCAAUUAAAGUAUUCUUGCUUCAAUUUCAGUCACAGAAAUGGGCUGAAAAGCUGACGCAAUUACGAAAAGACUAUGCCGACCUUGCAGCUAUCACAUCAAGCAGGUCAGAAUUAACCCAAAUUAGUUUUUGCAUAGGUAACGCGGAAACAAUUUUAAAAUACCACAUCAUCGACUUCACAAUGUAAUAACCUGAUAUCCUCUCACUGUCUUUCAGGAGCCAAAUGAUUUGUACUUUAAGAGACGAGUUAGCUCAAAGAUGCUUGGAGAUCAUAGAGCUAGAGUCUGCACUUUCAUCCUCAACUCAGCAGGUGAUACUGAACUCUAAAACAGAACUGGAGAACUUAUUUGCUUUUCGAGUAAGAUAUAGUAUUCACGUUCAUUUGUGGCGGCGGUGCUUGUACGUUACCGCGGGCACCAUUUCAGUGAUUUCCUUAAGUGUGGAUGUAUAAGCAGCGUGUAAGUUUCUCCCUCGCCCUCUUUUGCUAAAACUCUAUGUCGUAGUAUUUUCAGAUGAGGCGGAUUAUUGAAUGCAAGAUUGUAUAUUUGAUCAAGUUUGAGAAGACUGUUCAGUUCAAGUUAAUAAUUUGAUUUAUUUUAAUUUAGAGAAGUAACUCGGUGGAGACGUCAGCGGGGCUUGCCAAAAGCCACCAGUUAACCAGAAGAAGAUCUGAUGGUGACAUUAAAAAGUAAGUGCAGUCACGGUGUAGUCACUUACGAUGGAGAUUGGAACGUUUAGACAUUUUUGUCAGUCUUGUGGUCAGAAGUACAGUUUACAAAAUUUGCUAUUAGGUCAGGGUUUUGCCUGUUUUUAAUGUCAUAAUGACAAGUGCCGGUGUACAUAUAUAUUCUUGACUACAUGGCCUUUUUGGAAGCGUUCCGUAUCCGCGUUAGGCACUUAUUGCUUACUAUUUAUGACUGCAUGGUUGACUGCAGGCUGGACAGUAGCGUGUUUUCUUACGUCAUAGAAGUUGUGGUCCAUGCUGCCUCUCAGCAGAAAAUUGUCUCGCGGAUUGUAUGGGCGUUAAAAUGUUUGCAGCCAAAGACUACUAUCUAAGCAAACGAGUAGAGGAUCUUACAGCUGAUAGAGAUUCAGCGCUGCAGAAUUCUCAGGACCUGCUUCAUGGCAUGCAGGUAGCAUACGUUCAAUUGUUUAUUAGUAGGGUUCAGGGAGCUACUUCACGCUUUGUGUAUCCAAUGGAAUGUGUCUUAAUCGUCACCAUCGUUGAGUGUCCUCGUUCAUUUGUGAUGUUUUGUUAUCUUUAUAGAGUUCAUCUUACUAUUUCCAGUAUUUUAAGGUAGUUUCCAAAUGACGCACGAUAUCCUAACUUAACACCUUUGAAUAUUAACUGACCUGAAAAAAAAGCUUGUUGAUUAUUUUUAGCAACUGAGAGAAGCGUAUGAAGAGGAGAUAGGAAGACAUCUGCAGCAAGAGAGCACCAAGUCUGAAAAGGAAAAACUUUUUCAGGUUUCUGUAAUUUUUAUUUGAUUUUAAUUUUCAGCUCCCCUCGAUUCUACGAUUAACACCUUUCAAUCAAAUUACGCUGUGGUAUGUUCAUUCGUUCUUAUCCGCCCUUUUUCAUUAAGAAAAGUUGUCUUUGCAAAAUUCGUUCUGUAAUCGUUUGAUAUCCGUAUACUUGCUCGCAAGAUUCCUUCAAUACGUUAGUGUUUCAUAGAUUCCGUCUAGACACGCAAACCACGAUAGAUUUCGCAAACACAACGGCGACAACUUGUUGAUAAAUUUAUAACCAUUGCUCAUCCUGAUGCCUCACUCAGGUGCAUAAUGAAGAUGACGAUCAGUUAUUUGGUAAGUUAAAUGCUUGCAAAGUUGAAGAUGCUUACAAAACUAAAGUAUUGUAACCUUUAUGGGCUUACUGGGGCGUUUUUGUCUUUGUGUAUGUGUCUUUUAAGGGAGCCUUUCUCUGAACUAAACAAACGAAUAAUCCCUAUUUUCAUGGAUGAACUUAGCCUUUCUGGUCUUUUCUCUUCCCGUUGUUUAGGUGCAAACUCCAAACUUGAUACGGAGGUCAAGCAGUUAACAGCUCAGAAGGUUGCAUUGGAAGUCAAAAGGUUUUUUUUUUUCCCUUUCCAUUGAAUUUUUGUGUUUAUCUGUUCUUUGACCUUACACGUUGAUUUCAAAUGUCAAAAAUUGUUCCCACCGCAAGUCAUGACGUUACUAAAUGUCUUUGCAGCAAACAUUUGGAAUGUGAACGCGACGAACUGCGAAACCAGGUGGAAGAACUCUGUAGAAUGAAAACAUCAGUUGAGGAGUACGUCAGUGUUUACAACUACCUUGUGGAAAUUGAGACCGGCCACUUCCUGUAACGAAAGACUGACUUUCCAUAUAACGAAUUGCUGUAGAUCAUGUAUUUUUAUAAUAUGAAUUCCAACUUAAGAGUGGGAAGCACAGAUUCAGGACCACACAAUGUCCAGUUCUUGUACAAAGAAAGAUUGGUGUUUUGCCCUGAUUUACACGAGCAUGUAGCCAUCUGCUACCUGUAAUUGUUGGUCUGUACUAUCCAAGAAUUCGAGUCAAUUCCUCGCAAUUGUGAGGUCGUGUUUUUGCCUUAAUGAUCAUUGGGACACAAAGUCGGUAUCAAACCAUUUCUCCCUGUUCAUCCAUCUUGAUCAGUACUGAAGAGUAACAAUAAUUAACCAUGCACUUCACGCUUAGUAAGCAUCGUUGUACCGUAAGAAGAACAAACCUACGGCGCAAAGUUCAGUAGGUAAUUUGUAAAACUUCUGUUUCUGUUUUUAGAAAAGCCGUACAAGUUGAAUUGAUUUUGAGUCUUAGGAAGCGCGAGAACAAAACGACGUCAGGGCGAAAAAGGUAAGUUUUCUGAAAAAAAGAUAACUAAUUUAACAUAAGAACAUGUUACAGUCAGUCCCAAAUCUCCAACCCCUUUGUCAAAUUUCAUCCUACUCGGCUUCGAUUCUUGGUUAAUUCGGAUGGUAGAGAGUUCCAGCCCUAGAUCAGAUUAAUACACGAGGUCUUUAAAUAACUGAAAAGAAUGAGUCUUCUUUGCAUGAAAUCUAAGAAUGGGUUGACGGGUGAAAGAAGAUGGGUUGGGUUCCCCUCUCGCCUUAGGACUCAUAAUCCUUGGGCUUUCUCUCAGGCCUAACCUCGUUCCCAGGGGAAGGUUAGCAUUAGGGUUAGGGUUAGGGCUAGGGAUAGGGCGGGGGAACGGUUAAAGAACCUCAUGACGAGUAGAGCACGAAGCAUUUUCAGUCUAACCUUUGUUUGUUUGUUGUGCUGUCGUGAUUGAUGGGGGCUAGUUGAAACACAAUGAUACUUAAGCAUUCACCUUUUAGCUGAAUAUUCUGAACAAUCAGGUUUAUGCUCAUCGGCUCGUUCGUAAUUGGGAAGAGUGAAACAAAUGAUUUAGCAUGGUUAUCGAAAACUGGAUCGUUACCAUUCGACAAUUUUGAAUUUUUUAUUCGUAUAGGUAAUCACAUGAUUUCGAGUGCAAUUUGGAAUAAAUAAGCACGAGUAAAUUUUUUUAAAGACUAACAAAAUUGCACCAGCCCGUAGGGCGAGUGCAAUUUGUGGUCUUUGAAAAAAUUAACAAGUGCUUGUUUAUUCCAAAUUGCACGAGAAAAAUCAUGUGAUUACGUGUUAAUAAUAUACAUAGAUAAAUACGAAAUGGCUUAUCAUAAUUAAACAUAAGCAAAGCGCGCGCAUCAAGUGCAAAAAAUAAUUUAUUCAAACCGUGCGUUCAACAAAACAACCGCGUAGGAUCAAAACAAUAAUAGGCAAUGAUAUCUUCAGAUCUUUAAGGUGUAAGAAAGUUUAAAGUUCGACUAAACAGUUCAAGGAAUAGUUCAGUCUGUGUCCGAAGCACUUUCGAUGAAAUGGAAUCGUCGUUCCCGAGGUUUAACUAUGACUUUUUAAUUUCGGCGUUGGAUCGCUUGAGCAAAGUGUUAAGCUGGGUCGGCUCGUAAUUUUCGAUUUCCCUGGCAAUUCCCUUCUCUAAACACCACUUUUUCCAAACUGACAACCAAAAAGCAUUGCUUUUUAUAGUGUUUUCGUUGUUUAAGCUGUUUUUCAGCUGCGGUGGCGAAAAAAAACCUACUUAAAACGCCGGCCAUUGUUUCGCUCGCAAAUUUUCAAAUUUUGUUGCGACAUCCAAGGCUCGCAUUUGAUUGGCUAUUUGUGAGUUUCUUUGAUUAUUGACCAAUCAGAAUGUCUGAUUUGUUUCUUUCUUUGCACUGAAUUAACCCUCUUCUGCACUGAAUUACCUGAAAACUGCAUUUAUCUUAACCAAUCAGAACUGAGUAAUUUUUUCAUGUAUAUUAUUAUGUAUGGAAUAUUGGGCGUUGUAUCGUGACGAAACAGUUAUUCAAUUGUACGGCAUUAUUCCGUUUUCCUUAUGUCCUAAAAUGAAAUAAGCAAAUUUACGGUUUAAUAGUUUGUGGUCGUUUUUGAUUAUUUUUUUUAUUCGCGCUUGUUUGAUUUGAGAUGAUUUCAGUAAGACUCAAUGAACUCAUGUUUGUGGAAUAAUCGCCUAAUAAUAACAACGCUUUCAGGAGCAAGAGUGUUGGUUUCAUGUCACGUGGUUCCAUGCAAGAGAAGACCAAUUGAUAGGUUGGUGUUUGCCGUAAUUUAAACCACACCUUUAUUAUAGUCAUGUGUACUGCUUCCCUGAAUCAAUCGUUCAAAGAAAAAAUGUUGUUGUAAAUCCGUCAACAGUCGGUCAUCUAAAUUUUGUGGUUUUGAAAUAACCAACAAGGUAAAAAAAAUAAUCUGAUCAAGUUUUUAUUUUCAUUAGAGGUAUAUAGCCUAUCUCUAUUUCUGCUUUUUUAUCUGUAUGGCUGGAAAACGAACAGGCUAAAAUCAGCUUCUCUUCUCACAAAGUAUGUCUUUUCUUUCAGCCUCUUUCAAGAUGAAAUUGCGCCAAACGUCAUAUCACUUUUCACGUUAAUUAUCCAUGUCGUUUUGCCGAGCUGGACUUUAGGGAAACAAGGUGUGUAAAUCCCAGCCCAGUUACGCUUGCCAUAUUGGAUAGGAUGACGUCUGUUACACUCUCUCAUGGAUUGUUUAUUUAAUAAUUGUUUUUCAUGCAAAACUGUAA